AUGAGCCGCAAGACCCACCAUUCAUUGAAAAGCUCUUCUAAGACCUCGUCGAAAGACAAGAAAAAAACACCAAGAAAUGCAGACGGUGGAUACUACGAGUUCCGGCAAGAGUCAUAUUCCAGUAAGUCGCCAUAUUCCGCAUCUUGGUAGAUCACCCGAAUUCCCCGAGAGCCUGUUGCAAAAAAAUACCAAAUAAGCCCAACACUUGUCAACAACAAGACCCACGUUCUGUCAUACUGAGCGGCCGCACCGGCAUAUUCCGCCAUAUAAAGAUUAUCAAAACCUGACUAAUACCUCCUGUUCAAGCAUUGAGCUCAACGGAUCCUGGAUUAGGAGACGAUCAAGCAGCCUAUGAAGAAGUGCAACAAUACGCGGAUUUCCAACGGGACUUUUCAGAACGUGUAUCCCAGGAUGCUACAUAUAACCCUGGCUCGACAUCUUGGUCAGACACACGAGCACCUGCAGGUUAUGCAAGCAAUUCGGGGAGAGGGCCUCUACAUAAGCCGGUUCUGAUACCACAGGAGGAUGGAAGAAGUGGCUGGAUCAGAGCUUAUACUUCUUCGCUGCAGGAUGCGGGUGUUAAUCAACCCGAUUUCUUGAACUUCUUAGAUAUUUUGAAUCGAUCCUGUUCGGUAAGCUAUAAGCACACUCUUUUUGUUUAUCUUGUAACACCUUUUGGUGACUGACACGUGCCAUUCAAGAUUCUUACAUACCUUGACGUGAUUAACCUCGCUGCUCUAGACUCAAGGUCGGCAGCUGCUUUGGUCGACACGGCUGUUCUGUAUGCAAAAUCAUCUGCAAUGGAGAAACCGUAAGUAUAGUCCAGGCACACUUCCCAAUUCCCAACACCAACCAUAUCAUCUAAUCAUAAAACAGACAAUUAAUUCACCAAGCAAAUACGACCUUCUUCGCUUCACGAGGUCUCUACAUGACCCUCGUCACAUACCACUCACCCUCUCGCUCCACAGUUCUACUAAUGCCGCUCCCAUACCAGCCUCCCAGUCGAUCCUCAACAUAUACAACGCCAACUAACCAACUGGUAGACAUCCUGCAACCUGCGUCUCUAACCCUGCUCAGCACUUCGAGUGCUUAUCAGGGAAGUAGCAGCAGUCAGGUGGGUUAUGGAAGCCAGGGGUAUCUUGAUCUGAGAGGUUGUGCUGCUGUAAUUUAA